AGGAGAGCGGGGGCUGCAGGGGGGGCCCGGGCCGGAGCCGGGGCCGUCUCGCGCUCCCGCUCUCGGCCGCCACCACGGUUCUUCCGACCCUCCCUGGCGAGGCGAGCGGGGUUGUUUGCAAACUGCGCCCAUUUUGUGGGGCUGAAUCCGCCCGGGCUACGCUCCUCCAUCACGUGACUAUCCUCUGGCUACAUAAUAAGGGGCCGUGGAGCUGGCCUCAACAACAGGAGAGGCUGGACUCCCUGUCUCUCUGUGCUGAAUGGCUGCGAUGGCGCCCGCUCUCACUGAUGCAGCAGCUGAAGCUCACCAUAUCCGGUUCAAACUGGCUCCCCCAUCCUCUACCUUGUCUCCUGGCAGUGCCGAGAACAACGGCAACACCAAUAUCCUUAUUGCUGCCAACGGAACCAAAAGGAAAGCCAUUGCAACGGAAGAUUCCAGUUUAGACUUCCGAAACAAUCCUACCAAGGAAGAUUUGGGAAAGCUACAGCCAUUGGUGGCAUCUUAUCUGUGCUCAGAUGUAGCAUCUGUUCCUUCAAAAGAAUCUUUGAAAUUGCAAGGAGUCUUCAGCAAGCAAACAGUCCUUAAAUCUCAUUCUCUCUUAUCUCAGUCUUUUGAACUCCGAGCUGAGCUGUUGGGGAGACAGCCAGUUCUGGAGUUUUCCUUAGAGAAUAUAAAAACCAUGAAUACAAGUGGCCAGCCAACUCUGCCACAAGCACCUGUAAAUGGGUUGGCCAAGAAAUUGACUAAAAGUACAAAUGCUGACCAUGAUAAUUCCAGUUCUCUCAAUGGGGGGAAAUGUGCUCUUUCUUCAUCUACUCUCCAGGGUGUUGAAGUUCGGGGUUCUGAAUCUGGGGAUUUGAAGGUGGGUUUGACCAAUACAACUCUUCCACAUAGAAACCUUGAUGUUGAGCACAUGUUUAGCAAUAAUGGCACUGCAAACAAAUCUUCCGUAAAUUCCACGGAGCAGCUGGCACUUCAAGGGGGGAGUGGAGAGAGUAGGUUAUCACCUGAAAGAGACUCCAACUCCAAUUUGGGGGGUAGCAAGACACAGGGACAGAAAUCUCCCUUGCCUUGUAGCCUUUUUAGUUCUCUAGAUUCUGAUAUGAGGACAACAGCAUUAUUGCGGCGGCAGGCAGACAUUGAGAGUCGUGCCAGGAGGCUGCAGAAGCGCUUACAGGUGGUGCAGGCCAAACAGGUGGAGAGGCAUAUACAGCACCAGCUGGGUGGGUUCUUGGAGAAGACUCUAAGCAAACUGCCAAACUUGGAAUCCUUGAGGCACCGUAGCCAGUUAAUGCUGACCCGGAAGGCUGAAGCUGCCCUACGGAAAGCUGCCAGUGAGACUACUACUUCAGAAGGACUUAGUAGCUUUCUGAAAAGUGAUUCUAUUUCAGAAGAAUUGGAGAAAUUUACAGCCAGUAGCACAGCUAACCUGAAGUCUAGUGAACAGGCGUUUGAUUCGGAUGUCACUGACAGUAGCUCAGGAGGGGAGUCUGACAUUGAAGAGGAAGAACUGGCCAAAGCUGAUACAGAGCAACGCCAUGUGCCGCUGCGACACCGGUCAGAAUGGAGAUGGGCAGUAGACCGAGCCGCUAUCGUCAGCCGCUGGAACUGGCUUCAGGCUCAUGUCUCUGAUUUGGAGUAUCGAAUUCGGCAACAAACAGAUAUUUACAAACAGAUCCGAGCUAAUAAGGGUUUGAUAGUUCUUGGUGAGGCAUCUCCUGCAGAGCACACAGCAGUAGACUCAUCCCUUCCCUUUAAUACUGAAGUGAAGGCUGAACAUGGGACUGACAGACUGAUUGAUUCCAUAUCUCAGCCACUGGAAAAUCUUGGUACCACCAAUACUUCAGAGGCUCUUUCCACCAAACCUUGUGGAAUAGUGAGACCAAUCAAUGGAGUUAUUAAUCCACUCCAGUCUAGUUUGGCAGACCAUACUCCUGGAGAUGGUUCUGAUGCUGAGGAAUUACUACAUAAAAAGCAACGGUUGAAUCUGGUGUCUGCUUCUGCUGAUGGUCCAUGUGGAGCAGCCCGGACCCGUCCUGUACUGAGCUGUAAGAAGCGGAGACUUGUUCGGCCCAGCAGCAUUGUGCCCCUCUCCAAGAAGGUUCACAGAAGCAGUACUAUACGAAGCAGCUGUGAUGUGAAUGUUUCUUGUGUACUCUGUGGUGGUUCAAGUAGUGGUGGUACUACAAUGCCUCCUGAGAUCCAGUAUGAAGCUCCCCUUUUGGAGCGUCUCUCCCAGUUGGACUCUUGUGUUCACCCUGUAUUAGCAUUCCCAGAUGACGUUCCCACAAGCUUGCACUUCCAGAGUAUGCUGAAAUCUCAGUGGCAGAACAAGCCCUUUGAGAAAAUCAAACCUCCUAAAAAGCUUUCACUCAAGCACAGAACACCCAUUCCGGGCAGCCUUCCUGACCCUGUUCGUAAAGAUAGGCACAAGUUGGUCAACUCCUUUCUAGCAGCAGCCAAGCUCUCCCAUCACCAAACCCGGCCUGACAAGACCCACAGGCAGCACUUAGAUGAUGUAAUGGCUGUGUCCAUGGCAGAGAGAGUUACAGCGCCCAAAGCAGAGCGCUUGCUCAACCCUCCACCUGUGCAUGACCCAAACCAGAGCAAAAUGCGAUUGCGAGACCAUUCAUCUGAGAGAAGUGAAGUGCUGAAACACCACACAGAUGUAGGCAAUUCAAGCUAUUUGACAGCUGUCCCUCACCACCCACCACCUAGCCCCUUGGUACGACAGCUCUCCUCUUCCACCUCGUCGGACGGCUCUGUGCCCACCAGCUCAAGUUCCCAGGGCACAGUUACCACGUCUCAACCUGUGAGGAGGAGACGUGGAGAAAGUUCAUUUGACAUUAACAACAUUGUGAUCCCGAUGUCUGUUGCUGCAACAACACGUGUAGAAAAACUACAGUACAAGGAGAUCCUUACACCCAGCUGGCGGGAGGUGGAUCUUCAGUCUCUGAAGGGGAAUCCUGAUGAGGAAAAUGAGGAGAUUGAGGACCUCUCUGACGCAGCUUUUGCAGCCCUGCACGCCAAGUGUGAGGAGAUGGAGCGAGCGCGGUGGUUGUGGACCACGAGUGUGCCUCCCCAGCGGCGAGGUAGCAGGUCCUAUAGGUCAUCAGAUGGCCGGACAACCCCACAACUGGGCAAUGCCAACUCUUCUACUCCACAGCCUGCUUCUCCUGACAUCAGCAAUAGCCACUCGAUUUCAGAGUUUUCCCAUAGUCAGUCCCCUCGUAGUCCCAUCAGCCCAGACCUGCUUUCUGCCUCCCUCACUCCUCUAGCCCGAGAGAAUCUACGACAUCUAUCCAUCGAGGACACCCGUUGUUCCACCCCAGAGUUGGGACUGGAUGAACAGACUGUCCAACCCUGGGAGCGGCGUAGCUUCCCCCUGGCACAUAGCCCCCAGGUGGAGUGUGAAGACCAGCUGGAUGCACAGGAGCGGGCAGCCCGUUGUACUCGGCGUACCCCAGGUGGCAAGGGAGGCCGGGAGCUGGACAGUGCACCCACUUCCCCUCCUCUUGCUAGUUUCAAGAGCAGGCACCUGUCAGCGUCAGCCACAGUGCAACGCCCGACCCACAGAUGAACAAGUGGAGUUUGAGAGUCCAACUGAACGAACUCACUAACUUGGCAUUAAAGCUUCAGAAAUCUCUGUGUUUGAUAUUCAAACAUCAUAUGCCGAAAAUUUUCACAGUUUUUAGUGAAUUUAAGGAGUUUAGAAACCAUUUUGGUCUUUUUUCCCCCUUUUCUUUUUUUUCCUUUUCUUUUUUGGUUUCCAUGUUGUCUCGUGGCACACCUAAAUGGACUAUUCCUCCAGUUGGCAAAUAAAAGUUCUGGGUAAGACCCUUCCCAUCCCCAAUUCCCCACCCCGCCUGGUUCUAGCAUGCUCCCCAGCCUCACUGAUUCACUGAACUUUCAGAUUUAUUUUUCCUUAGAUUAAAACAUGUUCUUCCAAGGUGACAAAGAAAUUUACAUCAGGUGUUUCCUCUUUUUGUCACCUGGAACCCAGGCAUCAGAUUGCUGAUGUGGGCACGGGCAUCAGAGUGUUCUGUUCAACACUGGCUCCCACCUCCUGCUGAGGGCCUUGCUUGAGGCAGUCUGCAAUAAUGUGUGUGUAGCCCUCAGCAAGCAGGCUGAGCUUCCCUUUUAUGUGGCUGGAAGAACCAUCUGGUUCCGCCUUUGCAUCUAGUUACCUUUAUUUUGACUCCUUAGCUGUAGCAACCCAGCUGCUCAGUUAGAGACACUCACUCUCUGUCUCCCUCUCUCUCUGUCUGUCUGUCUCUCUCUCUCUGUCUCUCAUGCUCCAGUGCACACACACAUAACACAAACAUUGAGUACACAUUUCUCACUUGUCUUGUUUUACUGGUAGGGUUUAGGUUCAACCUAUGUUACCAUUCCCCCACCAGCCAACUAGGAGGGUUUGAAGAUGAAGCGUCAUCCUCACUUUCUUAUCAGAUGAUCACUUAAACAAACUUCCUUCAUGUCUAAGUUAUCCUUAGUCUGUCUCAACUAGGUCCCUUCUCUCACAACCCCUUCUCUUGGGCCCUUGCCUGUGGAAUGUCCUAGUCUCCUCCUCCCUCCAUCAGCCACCCCCUCCCCCGUCAUCCUCCUUAGCCUUGUGCCUGUCUCAUGUGUAAUCACAUCACCAAAAAGAGGAAAGAAACAAAGGACAUAACUUUUUUUGGCCAUUUUGUAAUCGUAUAAAAAUAGUAGAUGAACUGCUUAAUGGUUGGGGUUUUUUCACAAUUUUCAACAUUAGUGACUUUUUUUCUGUUUGCUAGUUAAAGGGUUUGUCAUUGUUUCUUUAAAAAAACCAAUAAUGCACCAUAUCCCUAUGCAUAAGUGCUUCUUCUAUUUAUAAGGUUGAAAAUUCUGAAUAACCCUUUUAGCAUUGUAAAAAAAAACCCACAAAAAUGCAAAAAAAAAAAAAGCCCCCACCUUGUAUUUUGUAAAUAUUUUCUUUUCUUGCUUUGAGCUGUGUAAUGGCAGCGGAAUCCGUAGCUGUCUUUGUUCUAUAGAAAUGCUUUUCUUCAGAGAAGCUGAUCUUUGUUAAUGUCUUGAUUCUGUUCACAGAGCACAGAACAGUGCUUCCCAAAAAAAGCGGAAAAAAAAAUGGGAAAAAAAAUUAAAAAAAAA